GUUUGAUUGAACGAGGAAGAACUUUGGCAGCCCCUGCCUGGCCUGCCGCCACCAGCAACAACCAGAGUGCUUAAAAUUCCGUGCACACCUUCCGUUUGUCCUUUGUACCCACUUGAAUUCCUCAUUUCCCAUCCAACACCCACACCUUCCAUCCCAAUCUUUUAAUUAUCAGUCAAAAGGACUCCCAACCCUACACCAUGCGUCACUUCAUCCUUCUUGCUUGGGUCGCCACCGUUUCCGCCCAAAUGGACAUGAAAGCGUUAAUCGGGAAUUUAUCACCGCAGUGCCAAGCUUCCUUGGGCGGUCUCAUGACAAGCCCGUUCAGCUCUUGCAGCAACUUGAUGGGGUUGGUCAACAUACUAGGGACCACCGGCUCCCUUCUUUCCCCGUGGAAUACCUGGGUCGAAAGCAUUUGUACCUCGGCGCCCUGCUCUCCGUCCGACGUCAGCACAGCUGCAACUACCGUCCGCAGCGGUUGUGAAGCUGAUGCCAAGAAGGGAGUCCCGGCCGCUCUAGAAACCACCAUGCUAGUCUCCAAUUACCCGGCAGUCCGAAAUGCUUUAUGCUUGCAAUUCAAGUCCAAUCACACCCGAUGUGCCUCUGAUCUCCUGGCCACCGCCGAGAAAGCUUCAGGUCGUCCGUUAACCUUGAUGGAAGUUAGCGGUUUCUUAACCGAAGGCGUUAACAGCUUAGUCCCAGCUCUUUCCAAAGUACCCAAGGAGGCCUUAUGCAACGACUGUACACACGCCCUCACUACUGCGCUCUCACCCAGCCCUUCCAUGCCCCCAAUGGCCAUGAACUCUUCCAUGCCAGGAAUGCCCAUGAACGGCAAUCCUUCCAAGUCUGGCAACGGAGCCGCUGGCAACGUCACAUCUGGAGCUUCUGCCGUCUGCGGACCUUCCUUCGCCGAUGGAAAGAUCCCCGAUACCAUCACCGUGUCCAACGGUACUUCCUCAUCCAACCCGGCCAAUCCUGGUAAUGGAAAGAGCCCAGCUGACGGAGCCCCCAACUCAGCCAACUCGCUCAGCCUUCCCGUCUUCACCUCGAUUGCUAUUCUUGGAACGGCGACAGCAUUCUCAUUCUUGUUCUAAUUUAAACCCCACACCAAUUAGCAAGAUUGUCUGAUAGUCCCACCUCACCACAUUUGUCUUUUUUCAAAGCUUCUUCCCUCUCUGGUUUGAAUCUGUCCCAGCUCUUCUCCAUCUAUCCCAAUGUCUUGAUGUUGCAGAACAUCAUUCCUUUGAGCAACAUUCAUUGACAAUAAUGCAACUCAAGUUUGUGCCAAGUUUUUGUUUGUUGGUCAAGAUAACAAUGUCUGAGUUCAGAUGUUUGAGUCCAUCAACCAAGAAACAACCUUUGCCUUUGG